UGACUUCAUAGGAGAAUAGUUAAGUUAAAGUGACGCUUUGAAGAAAAAUAGAUGACUUAACAGCAGAAAGUCUAAAAGUAAAUUUGGAACCUAUUUGUCAGAAAACCAGAAGGACUGAACAGUCCACAGUUUUGUGUGUGAGCAAGAUGGAGACCAACCUGUCUGAUUUUAACAUCGAUGCCCCCCGUUGGGAUCAGUAUACUUUCCUGGGGCGGGUGAAGCACUUCUUUAACAUUACGGACCCCCGCACUGUCUUCGUAUCAGAGCGAGAGCUGGACUGGGCCAAGGUGAUGGUGGAGAAGAGCAGGAUGGGGGUCAUACCCCCAGGUACUCAAGUGGAGCAACUGCUCUAUGCCAAGAAGCUAUAUGACUCAGCCUUCCAUCCUGACACUGGGGAGAAGAUGAACGUCAUUGGGCGGAUGUCCUUUCAGGUCCCUGGCGGCAUGAUCAUCACAGGCUUCAUGCUCCAGUUCUACAGGACCAUGCCAGCAGUGAUCUUCUGGCAGUGGGUGAACCAGUCCUUCAAUGCCUUAGUCAACUACACCAACAGGAAUGCUGCCUCCCCAACAUCAGUGAGGCAGAUGGCCCUUUCCUACUUCACAGCCACAACUACCGCAGUGGCCACUGCUGUGGGCAUGAACAUGUGGACAAAGAGAGCGCCUCCCUUGGUGGGCCGCUGGGUGCCCUUUGCUGCUGUGGCUGCAGCUAACUGUGUCAAUAUCCCAAUGAUGCGACAGCAGGAACUCAUCCAGGGCAUCUGUGUGAAGGACGGGAAGCAGAAUGAGCUUGGCUAUUCCCAGAGAGCUGCAGCCAUAGGCAUCACCCAAGUGGUAAUUUCCCGGAUCACCAUGGCUGCCCCUGGCAUGAUCUUGCUGCCAGUCAUCAUGGAAAGGCUGGAGAGACUGAAUUUCAUGAAGGUCCAGCAGAAAGUCAAGGUGCUGCAUGCCCCAUUGCAGGUCAUGAUGUGCGGGUGCUUCCUCCUCUUCAUGGUGCCAGUGGCAUGUGGGCUCUUCCCACAGAUAUGUGAAUUACCAGUUUCCUAUCUGGAACCAGAGCUCCAAGACACCAUCAAGGCCAGCUAUGGAGAACAUGUACCUUAUGUCUACUUCAAUAAGGGUCUCUAAAUGCCCCACUCCAGCAAAGACCAGUGUAUACCCACAUUUACCAGCUCCUUCAGCUGCUGUGCACACCUGUCCUGCAUUCUCUUUACCAACCAGGCCUGAGAACCAUGCUGGAUCAGGGGAGAGGAGGGUAGCUGGGUGUGUCUACCCAAGCACCUAGUUUAUUGGACUCCAGGGGAUAAAAAUGAAAAAGGAUUUGCAGGUACAGCUCAUUGGUAGAGAGUUGGCCUAGCAUGAGUGAGUUCCUGGGUUCAUUCCCCAGCACUACAAAAAAGAAAGAAAAGAACGAGGACCAAAAAGAAAAAGAACCUAAGUAUUCAAUCUGCCUCUUCCUUAACCCCUGUCCCCUGGAGACAAGAGCUGAGGGCUUCUGAGGGAUAAGUUAGUGCUACCUGGGGAGACACUGAAGCCAUUCAUUUGGGAAAAAAACAGGAAAUCUUUAGGAUUCCCUUCCAGCAGUGAUUGGGGAUGAGCCCCUGGGACCAGAAAAGUUCUGCAUCUUCCCUUCCCGCUACCUCCUCUCCCAAGUAAUGGAAUCUUUUACCCUUGUAAUUCUAGCUUGACACAAGAGAAGGGGAAAGUGAUCUGAGCCAUUUUGGGACUCAUCUCCACUCUUUCCAAUUCUCUUCUUCAUUGUCCCCUUGCUGGAAAGCUUCCUUUGGGAGUGCUGCUAAACUAGAACUUAAUUAGGCACCCAGGACUUAUUAGUGCCAAAAGGGACACUGCAAAGCAGCAGAGUUACAUGGUGUUUCAAGUCUUGUUCAUUGACAUUGACUUUGUUCUGUCUUACUCAUGUCUGGAUCUGUGCUUGCCAUCUGCUCUAUAAUGGUGGAAGUCUCUUCUCUCGUUGCCUCGUAUCUCUAUUUGAAAAGAUAAAUCCACUAUGAGUGAAAAGGAUGUAUGUAGGUAUUAACCACACACUUCAGUGGGUAUAAUUUCCUGGCUGCCUCCCUCAGCCCAUUAGCUUAAACACCAAAGAAAGACUUGUGUGUACUGAAUGGGAAAGGGAAGUUUUACUUGGACACCUCUUAGAGGAAAUUGACCAGGACCAAAGAGCCUUAAGUGCACACAGCAAAGCAUAGCCACUUCCCCUCUCUAGCUGGACUGCCAAAGUGGUUUCUCAAGUUCCUUGGGGACUAUUGUGGCAUACCUGGGGUCACUGUGAGUUUUGUCUGGUAAGAUCUGCUGACUGUUCAAAGGCUGUCACUGUGAAUUCAAUAAAUUACUUGAAAGAUCAUGGAAAAAGUGCAAACUAAGCUAAUAAAGUCUAGAUGGAAAGCA